GAACUAUUGGGCCUGGAGGGGGGCUGCGCCCAGGGUCUGCGCCUGCUCCUCGUGCCCGCAGUCUCGCACCUUCCUGUUCUCCAGCUCUUAUCUCGCACCACCAGCAUGCCGGCCCACUUUCCCACCCCGGCCUUUCCUGUGCGGUCCCCCUCCCUGGGGGCACACUUCUCUCCUCUGCCAAAGCCAGCCCUUCCCCUGUCAAGCUUUACUUCCUCUGGGAGCCUUCUCUGACGACCCAACAUCCUUGCUCUGGGCCCCUUCUCUGAAUUCCCCUGCACAGCUGGGCAGAUUUCCUUCUGAGUGCUCCCUAGCAUGUCAGGCACUGUGCGUGGUUCCUGGGACUCCGCCGUGAGCAUGGCAGGACCCUGCUGUCCAGGAAGGGGACAGACACGCUGCUCUGGAAACUCCCGUGCAGGCCGAGGGAAGCAGCCCUGGCACCGGCUGGCCACACACACCCCGGGCCAUGUCAGAACUCUGAGCCGGCGACGGGGAGCAGCUGUCCACCACCGGCCAUCCCAACCCAGCUCCGAGAUGCUGAGCCUGAAGCUGCCCCGGCUGUUUAGCAUCGACCAGGUGCCCCAGGUGUUCCAUGAGCAGGGUAUCCUCUUCGGUUACCGACACCCACAGAGCUCCGCCACUGCCUGUGUCCUCAGUCUUUUCCAAAUGACCAAUGAGACCCUCAACAUCUGGACGCACUUGCUGCCCUUCUGGUUCUUCGUGUGGAGGUUUGUGACCGCCUUGUAUAUAACAGACAUCCAGAAUGACAGCUACUCCUGGCCUCUGUUUGUGUACAUGGGCACCAGCUGCGUGUACCCCCUUGUGUCCAGCUGUGCACACACCUUCAGCUCCAUGUCCAAGAACGCCCGGCACAUCUGUUACUUCCUGGACUACGGGGCCGUCAACCUCUUCAGUCUGGGCUCAGCGAUUGCGUACUCGGCCUAUUCCCUCCCGGACGUGAUGGUGUGCACCACCUUCCAUGACUACUACGUGCCCUUGGCCGUGAUGAACACCAUCCUCAGCACCGGCCUCUCCUGCUACUCCAGGUUUCUUGAGAUCCAGAAGCCUGGGCUCUGUAAGAUGCUUCGCAUCCUUGCUUUUGCUUAUCCCUACACCUGGGACUCCCUCCCCAUCUUCUACAGGCUGUUCCUGCUGCCUGGGGAGGGUGUGCAGAAUGAAGCCAUCUUGAACCACCAGAAGCACAUGGCCAUGACCCUCCUGGCCUCUUUCUUCUACUCCGCACACCUGCCAGAGCGCCUGGCACCCGGUCGCUUCGACUACAUCGGUCACAGUCACCAGCUGUUCCAUGUGUGUGUGAUCCUGGCCACUCACAUGCAGAUGGAAGCCAUACUUCUGGACAAGACUCUGAGGAAGGAAUGGCUCCUGGCACACACCAGGCCCCUGUCUUUCCCUCAGAUAGCUGGAGCCAUCCUUCUGUGCCUCAUCUUCAGCCUCAGCAACAUAAUUUAUUUCUCAGCUGCUCUGUAUCGGAUUCCCGAGCCAGAAUUACAUAAAAAAGAAACAUGAUUCAGACUGUAA